GCCCUAGUGGCUUUACCCGCACAUACACACUGGCCAAUCUUGAGGUGGUAUGCCUCUUUGGUGGGCGGAAAACUCAGUAGACGGCCACCGAUUGGCUCCGCAUAUGGAGGGCGGAGCCUGGGCGCGGAGAGAGGGAAUUACCGUGAGCCGAUGGGGAAACUGAAGCGUACUCAUCCAGUGCUGAGUCUAGUGAUGGGACUUCAAAUCUUUGGGCUACAAAGCCAGGCCUAGUUCAAACACAAGCCUACAGCUCAUGAAUAUAUUAUCUUGAGUCGAAUUACAACAGUGUUUGAGACCCAGCAGUCUAAUCACCCGGUGCUUAGUGUUUGGUCUUGGACAGUUCAGCAAGUGUUAAUGAGGGUAUAGUAUGUGCUGACCCUGCUGGAGGCCUGGGAUGCAAAGUUCCACCGGGGCCAUGUCAGAACGAGAGGAGAGGAGGUUUGUGGAGAUCCCUCGGGAGUCGGUCCGGCUCAUGGCAGAGAGCACAGGUCUAGAGCUGAGUGACGAGGUGGCCGCUCUGCUCGCUGAAGAUGUGUGCUACCGUCUCCGAGAGGCCACACAGAAUAGCUCUCAAUUCAUGAAACACACCAAACGAAGGAAGCUGACGGUGGAGGACUUCAACAGGGCUCUCAGGUGGAGCAGCGUGGAGGCUGUGUGUGGCUAUGGGUCCCAGGAGGCAUUGCCCUUGCGCCCUGCAAGGGAGGGUGAUCUCUACUUCCCGGAGGAUCGAGAAGUGAGCCUGGUGGAGCUGGCACUAGCCACCAACAUCCCCAAGGGCUGUGCAGAGACAGCUGUCAGAGUUCAUGUCUCCUAUCUGGAUGGCAAAGGAAACCUGGCACCUCAGGGAUCAGUGCCCAGUGCAGUGUCUUCACUGACAGAUGACCUGCUCAAAUACUACCAGCAAGUGACACGGGCUGUACUGGGAGAUGACCCACAGCUGAUGAAGGUAAAAUCUGUAAGCCACGACCUGGAACAACUGCACCGACUACUGCAGGUGGCAAGGAGCCUGAUACGGAACCCACACCUGUGCUUGGGACCCUAUGUCCGAUCCUUGGUGGGCAGCGUGCUUUACUGUGUCUUGGAGCCACUGGCCGCCUCCAUCAACCCUUUGAAUGACCACUGGACUCUGCGAGAUGGGGCUGCCCUUCUACUCAGUCACAUAUUCUGGACGCAUGGAGACCUUGUAAGUGGCCUGUAUCAGCAGAUUCUGCUGUCCCUGCAGAAGGUCCUGACAGACCCUGUUCGGCCUCUCUGUUCUCACUAUGGGGCAGUGGUGGGGCUGCAUGCUCUAGGCUGGAAGGCAGUGGAGCGAGUCCUCUACCCACAUCUGCCCACUUACUGGACAAACUUGCAGGCUGUGCUGGAUGACUAUUCCGUAUCUAAUGCCCAGGUCAAAGCGGACGGGCACAAAGUGUAUGGAGCCAUUCUGGUGGCCGUAGAACGACUAUUGAAGAUGAAAGCUCAGGCAGCAGAGCCCAACCGCGGUGGCCUUGGCGGGAGAGGGUACCGUCCUGCGGAGGACCUGCCUUGGGACAGCCUUCUCCUACAAGAAUCUCCCCCCGGGGGCAGCUCCGAAACAGGUUUUGGGUCUGGUCUCCCGCCACCAUCAGGGGUUGCGGGACCAGAGGACCCUUCUUCCUUGACCCUGGCAGACAUCUACCGUGAGCUAUACUCCUUCUUUGGUGACAGCUUGGCCACUCGCUUUGGCACUGGCCAGCCUGCUCCCACGGCCCCGCGACCACCCGGAGACAAGAAGGAGCCUGCGGCUGCCCCGGAUUCGGUGCGGAAAAUGCCGCAGCUGACUGCCAGCGCCGUGGUCAGCCCUCAGGGUGACGAAAGCCCGUGCGGUGGGACUCUCGCCACCGCCACCGCCGCCUCGGAGAGCAGGCCGCUACCGCGCGUACACCGGGCGCGGGGUGCUCCUCGUCAGCAGGGCCCCGGCGCGGGAACGCGAGACGUCUUCCAGAAGAGCCGCUUCGCGCCCCGUGGCGCCCCACACUUCCGGUUUAUAAUCGCAGGGCGUCAGGCCGGGCGGCGCUGCCGCGGGCGCCUCUUUCAAACUGCCUUUCCUGCCCCAUAUGGGCCCAGCCCCGCGUCCCGCUACGUGCAGAAGCUGCCCAUGAUCGGCCGUACCGGCCGCCCGGCCCGCCGCUGGGCGCUCUCCGACUACUCGCUGUACCUGCCGCUGUGAGGUUGCGGCGCCUCGGAGAAUAAAGCCACACCCGGAAGUGACGUGUCUAUGCUCGUGGGCGGGGCUUGGGUGGUUGUCUUCCUGGUAGCCUGGGCGCCAUGGCGCUGCCCUGGUUGCAGCGAGUUGAGCUCUUGCUCUUCACUGCCGCCUUCCUGUGCGGGGCUUUGGCGGCCGC